AUAACUUUUUGAUUUUUACCGGAAGUAAAUUUUGCCACGUUCGUGUUGACAUGUAAAAAUUAAAGUCUGGCACAUUCUUGGGCAUUUGAGAGAAACAAAACACGCUAAUACCUUACUUCAGGACAAACCCACAAUGGUUUCUGUCAUCAAUUCUAUAGAUACAGCUCAUGAAGAUAUGAUUCAUGAUGCUCAGCUUGACUACUAUGGAACAAAACUAGCUACCUGCUCAUCAGACAAAACUAUUAAAAUAUUUGAUGUUAAAGAUGGACAACAGACACUUAUAAAUGAAUUACAAGGACAUGAUGGACCAGUUUGGCAGCUAGCAUGGGCACAUCCAAUGUUUGGUAAUUUGAUAGCAUCGUGUAGUUAUGACAGAAAAGUUAUAAUCUGGAAAGAAACAAAUGGCACAUGGGGAAAGUUGUAUGAAUACACAAAUCACGACUCGUCAGUAAACUCAGUUAUUUUUGCACCACAAGAGUUUGGAUUAGUUCUGGCAUGUGGAAGUUCUGAUGGUUCUAUAUCCAUUAUUUCAAGUUCAGGUGAUGGAAGUUGGACAGCAAAGAAAAUAAAUAAUGCUCAUAGUAUUGGUUGUAAUGCAGUUAGUUUUGCUCCUUAUGUAAGUCCUGGUGCCUUGUUAGAUCCAUACAAUAAACAGACACCAGUCAAAAGGAUUGUUUCUGGAGGAUGUGAUAAUUUAGUAAAAAUUUGGAGAGAGGAAGAAGGAGAAUGGAAAGAAGAAAAGAAACUAGAAGGACAUAGUGACUGGGUUAGAGAUGUGGCAUGGGCUCCUUCAAUAGGUCUACCUAGAAGUACUAUAGCUAGCUGUUCACAGGAUUUCCGUGUAAUAAUUUGGACGAAUGAUGGAACUGGUAAUGAUUGGUCUCACAAAAUACUUCAUAAGUUUAAUGAUGUUGUUUGGCACCUCAGUUGGUCAAUAACAGGCAAUAUAUUGGCAUGUUCAGGAGGAGAUAACAAAGUUAGUUUGUGGAAGGAGACUUUAGAAGGACAGUGGGUGUGCAUCAGUGAUGUAAACAAAGGUCAAGGACAAGUGACUGAUAAAUCAAUAUCAAGUUGAUCAUGUGACAUUUUGCCUAUCAGAGCCAUAAUACAUAAGUUGUUGAACUAUUUAUUGUCAGUUUUAAUUAAUGGUAGAUUGGAGGAAUUGUUUACUUCCUGCUUUAAGAGAGAAAGUUAUUGCAAGACAUUUUGCCAAACAGGAAGUAAAAUGCUACUCAGAUAACACAUUGUGUUUCAUCAUGUGUCUCAUUAUCAUUAAAUUGUUUCAUGUAUACAAAA